AUGCUCACUGCUUACACCUUUCACGGCAAUGGAUCCAAAGCUCUCGAGCUCUACGACAAGAUGGUCGGGCAGUCGAUCCAGCCGGACAGCGUGGUGCUGCUCAACGUAAUCUAUGCCGGAUCAGUGGUCGGGGACGUCGGCCUCGUGAGAAAGCUCCACGCUCGCGUUGCUUCCUCCAGCUUCAUGCUCAAGAUCCAGAUCAUCAGCAUGUACGCGCGGUGCGGCAGCCUGGAGGAGGCAAGGCGGGUGUUUGAUGGGAUCGAGAGGAAGAACUUGGUGUCAUGGAACGCGAUGAUGGGAUCUUGUGUACAGCACGGAUACGACGAGGAAGCGAUCGCAUUGUUCUCGGAGAUGAAGGCUGGGAACUCGAGGGCCAUGGAGUCGGGCUCGAGGAGCUCGGUCUCUGCGAGCUCGGACUCUAGUUUGUACACAAAGAGCCACUAA